CUCCCUCCCUUCCAGCCUCCGAAUCCCGCAUGGCCCACCCUCCCCUCCCGCAGCGGUGCGGGGCAGGGGAUGAGCCUCUGUGAACUACCAAGGUGGGAGGGGGGCUACAGGCAGAGGAGAAUGUCAGAUGCUCAGCUCGGUCCCCUCCGCCUGGCGCUCCUCUCUGUCUCAGCCAGGACUGGUUUCUGUAAGAAAUAGCAGGAACUGUGGCAGCGGCGAAAGGAAGCGGCUGAGGCGCUUGGAACCCGAAAAGUCUCGGUGCUCCUGGCUACCUCGCACAGCGGUGCCCGGCCGGCCGUCAGUACCAUGGACAGCAGCACUGUCCCCACGAACGCCAGCAAUUGCACUGAUGCCUCGGCGCACUCAAGUUGCUCCCCAGCACCCAGCCCCGGUUCCUGGGUCAACUUGUCCCACUUAGAUGGCAACCUGUCCGACCCAUGCGGUCCGAACCGCACCGACCUGGGCGGGAGAGACAGCCUGUGCCCUCCGACCGGCAGUCCCUCCAUGAUCACGGCCAUCACGAUCAUGGCCCUCUACUCCAUCGUGUGCGUGGUGGGGCUCUUCGGAAACUUCCUGGUCAUGUAUGUGAUUGUCAGAUACACCAAAAUGAAGACUGCCACCAACAUCUACAUUUUCAACCUUGCUCUGGCAGAUGCCUUAGCCACCAGUACCCUGCCCUUCCAGAGUGUGAAUUACCUAAUGGGAACAUGGCCAUUUGGAACCAUCCUUUGCAAGAUAGUGAUCUCCAUAGAUUACUAUAAUAUGUUCACCAGCAUAUUCACCCUCUGCACCAUGAGUGUUGAUCGAUACAUUGCAGUCUGCCACCCUGUCAAGGCCUUAGAUUUCCGUACUCCCCGAAAUGCCAAAAUUAUCAAUGUCUGCAACUGGAUCCUCUCUUCAGCCAUUGGUCUUCCUGUAAUGUUCAUGGCUACAACAAAAUACAGGCAUGGUUCCAUAGAUUGUACACUAACAUUCUCUCAUCCAACCUGGUACUGGGAAAACCUGCUGAAGAUCUGUGUUUUCAUCUUCGCCUUCAUCAUGCCCGUGCUCAUCAUUACCGUGUGCUAUGGACUGAUGAUCUUGCGCCUCAAGAGUGUCCGCAUGCUCUCUGGCUCCAAAGAAAAGGACAGGAAUCUUCGAAGGAUCACCAGGAUGGUGCUGGUGGUGGUGGCUGUGUUCAUCGUCUGCUGGACUCCCAUUCACAUUUACGUCAUCAUUAAAGCCUUGGUUACAAUCCCAGAAACUACGUUCCAGACUGUUUCUUGGCACUUCUGCAUUGCUCUAGGUUACACAAACAGCUGCCUCAACCCAGUCCUUUACGCAUUUCUGGAUGAAAACUUCAAACGAUGCUUCAGAGAGUUCUGUAUCCCAACCUCUUCCAAUAUUGAGCAACAAAACUCCACUCGAAUUCGUCAGAACACUAGAGACCACCCCUCCACGGCCAAUACAGUGGAUAGAACUAAUCAUCAGAGACCUCCAGCCAAAUUUGUUGCUGACCAACUUGCUGGGUCGUCUUGAAAAGGGGGCUUACAGAUGUUCUAAGCCUGUGUUUUAUCCUAAAGUAUCCCUCAACACAGAAAAACAACCUCAUAACACAAAAUACACCAGCUUAAGAAUAGCCUUAAAAUUAUUUUUUGCAUUAAUCAAAACUUUACAGAGGAGUUAAACACUGAUUUUUUAUUUUAUUUUAUUUUAUUGCCAUUCAUUCAACCGUUUGCACAGAGAGAGAGAAGACAGAAAUCUGACUGGUAAGAAAUUCUUACCCUUUUGCCAGCAUGCCAGGCUUCUGGGUUCCCUUUCCCUGAGCGGCCCUAGUGAUCUGGCUUGCGGCACCAUCGCCCUAGGGGCCAAGCUGCAUCAUAAAGGAAAUUUUUUUUUCAUUCUGUCCAGAGCAAAAUACAUGCGAUAAAACAUAGGCAUUAGCUACUCUGCUUAGCACCAAAUAUCAAACUAGCUUAAAUUUGCCCCCAGAUGGGGUCCGUCAUCUUUAAUCAGACCUCUGACUUGCAGUUUCAACACGUGCUCUCUGGGCAAAAUAGUUGCCCUGAGUAACAGAAAAGAUAGAAAAGGAAAAGGAGAGAGAGAAAAACGUGCCAGUGGAAGGGUGGGGAAGGUGAAAUGAUCAAGGAGGCCAGAGAAAGACCCACCUAUUGCAGUGACGCUGUAAAAGUUCAGGCGGCUGCUUCUCAGUAGCAAAAGGAUCUUUUCCAGGAAAAGGAUCUUUUCCUAUUAGCUCUCAACUUUCCCCUUUUAGGGAGGAAAAAGCUCCCCAUGUCCCAUGAUCCUGUACAUGUCCAACCCUGCCAUCCACAGCCAUCAGCAAAGAGUGCAAGACAGAUUAAUCCAAAGAGAAUAGCAGUUAAUAUCCCAUAUUAUCAAAGCUCUUCUUAGCCAAGGGGGACUUUAACGAGAGGGGUCUCUAACACCCUAAAUCUUAGAAGAGACUCUAACCAUCCUAAGUAGGGCCUCUAACCCUGGUUUAUAAACUUUUAAUUGACUCCCAUCUUAACAGUUGCAAUCCAUGGAGGAAUGCUUGAUAACCUCGGUGAUAAGAUGAAAAACCAAGCAUACUAGAAGUGUUCGCUAAAAUUAAAAAUACAGUAGUUACUAGAGAAAAAUUUUAGCCAAAAAUCCAACUAUAGAAACAUAGAAUGUGAGAGGUAGCACAUAAGAAAUAAGUCAUGGGGAUUUUAUUUCAUGGACCAACAAUAUGAUGAUAAAAGCCAUCUAACC